CCCCGGCGGGCGGAACUGCAGCGCGCCGGAGCCACGUCAGCGCCUGAUCCAGGGGCCGCGCGUGUGGCGGGAUGGGGACGGCGGCCCUGGGAGCGGAGCUGGGCGUGCGGGCCCUGCUCUUCGUGGCCUUCCUGGUGACCGAGCUGCUCCCUCCCUUCCAGCGGCGGAUCCAGCCCGAGGAGCUGUGGCUCUACCGGAACCCGUACGUGGAAGCGGAUUACUUCCCCACCGGCCGCAUGUUUGUCAUUGCCUUUCUCACUCCGCUGUCCAUGAUCUUCCUCGCCAAGUUUCUGAGGAAAGCUGACGCUACCGACAGCAAGCAAGCCUGCCUAGCUGCCAGCCUUGCCCUAGCUCUGAACGGCGUCUUUACCAACAUAAUAAAACUGAUAGUGGGCAGGCCUCGCCCAGAUUUCUUCUACAGAUGCUUCCCCGACGGGCUGGCCCAUUCUGAUUUGUCGUGCACAGGGGACAAGAAUGUGGUGAAUGAGGGCCGGAAGAGCUUCCCCAGCGGACAUUCCUCCUUUGCAUUUGCUGGUCUGGCCUUUGCGUCCUUCUACCUGGCAGGGAAGUUACACUGCUUCACACCGCAAGGCCGAGGCAAGUCCUGGAGGCUUUGUGCCUUUCUGUCACCUUUACUCUUCGCAGCUGUGAUCGCUCUGUCCCGCACGUGUGACUACAAGCACCACUGGCAAGAUGUGCUAGUUGGAUCCAUGAUUGGAAUGACAUUUGCCUACAUGUGCUACAGGCAGUACUAUCCCCCUCUGACUGACGUAGAGUGCCAUAAACCAUUUCAGGACAAGCACAAACUUCCAUCUUCACAGAAGCCCAGUGAGUUUGCCCAUUUGGAUAUUUAGCUGAAUCUACCUCAGUGGAGAACAAGCAAAUCAACACUAACUGGACACCAUGCACAAGCCAAGAACUUCUGGCUUUUACCUCUUCCAAGGUCAAAGUGAGGACACUUGCCUCCACAGGACUGUGCGCCUUUGCCCCACUUCCAAGGCUAGACCCUGAGGUCUCUCCUCUCUCGCUGCCUGCCUGGCCCCGGCUCUCUCGCUAGGUUAAUGAAUCUGGCCCAUGGGAUUGGUGUUCGCAGAUCCAGUUUACAUUGAUUUAACAUCACUCCAGAAGAAACCUUUCCACAAAGGAAACUUUUCAUGACCCAUUUUCUCCUAGAAGGCGUAAUUACCAGACAGUCUCUGUCCUUUAUAACAGUGCUAGCUAAACUCCAAUUCUGUUUGCUUUUUGUGGUAACAUUCCAUUAAGCCUUAAACAAUAAAACAUCCAAUUUUGGCCAA